AUGGGUGCUUGGGGUUACCACCUCCUUGAAAAUGAUACCGCAUGUGACAUAUUUAUAAGAUUGACUAAUCCAAAGACAGAAGCUCCAGUUGCAGAGAUACUUCAAUCAAUUGAAGGAUAUUCAAAUCCAGAUACAUCCUCAGAAUGUAUUGAUGAUUAUGAAGUAAAUGAUAUUUUGAUCUGCAUAGUUUUGGUUGUUGGUUUCACUGACAGGACGUUGAUUGAAGAAAGAACAGAUAAGAGCAUCAACAGGGAUUCUAAAGAUAAAAUAUUCAAAUUCCUUGAACAACAUCAAAAGACAUUUGAUGAUUCUGUAAAAGUAGAUCACUAUAAAAAAGCAGGGAAGCUCUUUGAGAGAAUACUUGAUGUAGAAAAAUCUGAAACUUAUGAAUUGUGGGACGAUGCUGGCGGAGAAAAUUGUGAAUCUUGGGUCAAAAUGGUUACCAAAAUCAGAGAGGAUCUUGUUAAGGUGACCCCCUCAAUGUAA